AGUAAAGCACACAGAGCCUGCAGUGCCUGAUCGCGCUAACCCAAAAGAUCCACAUAAGAAGCUGCUGUAUCCACUCCCAGCUACUCUAAAGAGGACGAAAGGAUUCCGACCACAAGGCAAGUGAGGGCACAACUUCAAAACCUGCACUGGACAAGUGAAGUGAGUGUCCAAUUACAUGAAGCGACUUCAAGCAUAGGAAGAAGAAAAAAUCACCUUCAGCAGAGCAGCAGCUGGUCCUUAGCUUAAUAGCACGAGAGCAGAGAGAAGAGGUACUGGACAGCAAGAGAAAAAGGGAAGGAGCAAGGAGAGAAAAGUGACUGGAAUGACAAGAUGAGAAGACAUGUGCUCCUGAGGCUUUCUCCCAAGCGUGUCCUCCUGGGACUACUGCUUGUGUCAUUGCUUGGGUGGCACGUCCUCGCCGUGUGUCCCUCCUCAUGCUCCUGCAGCCGCAGCCACCGGGAGGUGGACUGCUCCUGGAGAGGUCUAAGACAGCUGCCCGAUGGCUUGCAGCACAACAUGCGCUCCCUCAACUUGUCCCACAACCGAUUUCACGACCUGGACAACCAGCUCACCAUGUACACCCACCUCCGCAUCGUUGACUUGUCUCACAACCGGCUGAGCCGCCUGCCCGUUGGCUUGCCCCGGUCCCUCUGGCACGUCCAUGCUGCCUCCAACCGCCUACAGCUGCUGGACAAGAACGACACAGCCUACCAGUGGAACCUGCGGACACUUGACCUCUCGAGGAACAAGCUGGAGCGAGCCAUCUUCAUCAACAACACGCUCAUCAAUCUGUGCACCCUUAACCUAAGCCACAAUCACUUCUGGACUUUGCCCACCAACAUGCCCAUGCAUGUGGAGGCCAUUGACCUGUCCCACAAUUUGCUUGUGAAGGUGCUGCCCGGCUCCCUGGACAGACUUCCCAGGUUGACUCACUUUUACCUGCACGCUAACCGCUUUUCCACUCUGCCCUCUGGAGCGUUGGACAAGAUAACAUCACUUAGAGUCAUCACCAUGGGCAACAACCCUUGGGCUUGUCACCUUUAUUCUGACAUCAGCUACUUAAUGUCCUGGACUCAGCAAACAUCUGCUCAUGUCCUGGGCUGCCCCUGCCAUACUCAGUCAGUCUGUGGAGGUGUGCACCCCAGCAGGACUGGAGGGUGGCACUUCGCUUCCUACAACCUGCCUCCACUGGAAGCAAAUGCCCAGGAUCUGAGCUCCAUUGCUCCUGGAGUCAGUGUUACUGGGUGGUUGCUUAUCCCAAAUACCCGUAGACAGCACUACCCUGUCCCCACCACUCCCUCCAUCAUCUCCACCAUGUCUAUUAUUAAUCACCUUUCUGCAACUGCCGGCGCAGCUGCCUCCGAUCACAUGCUCCACACUGACUCUCCGGUCCUUCCUGCCACUGACAAAGACUCACCCUCUGACUCAUUCCACGCCACAGACAGAUCCUCUUUUUCCAUCAGCAGCGAAACACCCAGCAGGGCCGACGUGACUCUGGCCGCAGACCGAUUCUUUACAACAGAGAGCACCUUUAGCCAAACAAAGAAAACAACAACACUUCGUACCCGGAGUGUGAGGAGGCAGAAUCAGUCCCACCCCAGGGGCAUCGGCAGCAGCAGCACAGCUCUCACUUCCUGUCCCUCAGUGCUCUUUCUCUACAACCUGGGGCUUCUGCUACUCACUCUGCAAAAUGUCCUCUGAAAAUGAACAUGAUGACACUGACAGCUUAGCGAUUGCUGUGUGUUUCAGUUUACAGCACUGACUGGUGACGGAUGUAGUUCCUACAGAACAUAAAAAACAAGACCAUUUACAAUAGAAAUUACAGGCACGUCUUCUAAUUCCUGCUAUGCUGAAUAUGAUAUGAUGCUAAUUUUAUACAGUACUGUGCAUAGGCCACCAUUAGAUUUGUUGU